CAAAGACCAGACUCAGAGAGACUCAAGCUGGAACAGCCCAGCUGAACUUCACAUCAUUUCAGCAAAAAAGAAGUAUCUCCAAGAAGACCGGAGUUUUCUGUCUGCCCACCAAUAUUGUCUUGGAUAUUCCCAAUAACUCAAUCUGGAAAAGUCGCAGCAACAGGAAGAACUGGUGACAAUAGCUGGAAACGAUCAGAUCUGCCGCCUGCCCCAAAAUAUUCUGGAAUCCAGACGGCCUCUCCAGGAUUCAUCUUACUGUUCAAGGUCCAUCAUGCCUCCUUGAAGACCCUGAUUCUGCUUUAACAUCCAACGUGAUAGCCUGGAUUCGGCAGUGCCGCUGCAGGUUUGUGCUGUUGCCUCCUAGCUUAGAAUGGUGCCCGUCGAGAAGAAGGUUGGUGGCAGUGCCAUCGUUCUCUGCAGCUAUCCUGACUAUACAACUUGCCCUGCCUGAGCAAGACUUGGGAGCCCGUGAACCUUGCACAGGCACUCAGGGUAUGGCCUGGUCUGGGGAUGAAUGGGAUGGAGUCACAGCAAAAUGGAUCUAGCAAUCAGAGUGAGCAGGGACCCACCAUCUUUCCAUACUCGCCUCUGGCCACAACUCUCAUCCUUGUGGCAGGACUGACUGUGGCUCUUGUGACAUUCACAGGGAAUGUGCUGGUUGUAUUAGCUGUGUACACUAGCCGUGCCCUUCGGGCCCCACAGAAUCUCUUCCUGGUGUCUAUGGCUACAGCCGAUAUCCUUGUAGCCACCCUCAUUAUCCCAUUUUCCUUGGCCAAUGAGAUCAUGGGCUACUGGUGCUUUGGGGGUCUUUGGUGCAGUUUCUACUUGUCGCUGGAUGUCCUGUUCUGUACCUCCUCCAUCAUGCAUCUGUGUGCCAUCAGCUUAGAUCGCUACUGGGCAGUCACCCGAGCUGCCCGAUAUAAUCUGAAAAGGAGCCCCCAGAGGGUCAAAGGUAUGAUUGGGGUUGUCUGGGCCAUUGCCGCUGUUGUAUCUCUGCCACCACUGUUUAAAUCUAGACAGCAGGACCAGGUCUGCCUCCUGCAUGAUGACACCUGGUAUGUUCUGGCCUCUUGCACUGCCUCCUUCUAUGCCCCUUGCCUCAUCAUGGUUGCAGUCUAUUGCCGGAUUUAUCAUGUGGCCAAACACAGGAACUCCAUGGUCACUGCAGCACGGCGGGUGUCCUAUCCCAACCUCAUCCCUGUGGCUAAGUACAAUACCUGCAGAGGGAGCACCCAGCCUCCUGGGGAAACACAGAAGAUGGGAAUGGAGUCCGGCCAGCUUCCUUGUCCCCAGCCUAGCUUGCCCCGGCUCUCUCGGCAAUGGAGAGUAGAUGAUGGUGGCAACAGCAGUGCUCGGCCACCAAGGACUCCAAGGCUUUCUUGGUCACUUCCCUCCAGUCUCCAUCAGCGCAGAAGCAGGGACAUGUCUCUCUCCACCAAUCGGCUGAUGCAGGCCCGGGAGCGCAGAUUCACCUUUGUCCUUUCUUUUAUCAUUGGAGCUUUUGUCCUCUGUUGGUUCCCAUUCUUCUUUACUUACAGCCUGGAAUCUGUGCUUGGAGAAGGCUGCUGCAUCUCUGAGCCUCUCUUCAAAUUCUUCUUCUGGAUUGGGUACUGCAACAGCAGCUUCAACCCCAUCAUCUACACGGUCUUUAACCGGGACUUUCGCAGAGCUUUCCAGCAACUCCUGUCUCCUGCCUACUCAUUCGUGUGCCGAAAAUGAGGACUCUGCUAGAGGGUUGUUGGAACCUGAGAGAGGCAUGACGGACAGGGGGCUGGCUACAGAACAUCCCCCUGGGGUCACAGAGAAGGUAACCAGUGGAAGUUGGGGAGCUGAAUAUUUCUGCAGCUGCAUUUUAAUGAAGACUUCCCCACCCCAGACAUGCAUGUAGCUUGAAGGGCAGAAGUGCCACAAGAAGCAAGAUUUCUGUGACUUGUUGGCAGGUAGUUGGUUGCCAAGAGUCACUCUCACACUCCUGCCUGUUUCUCUAGCUUGUGGUUGCCUGAUCUGUUGUUUAGCAAGCUAAUUAACUGAGGUAGUGGGAGCAGAGGGUGGCUGAGGUAAAAUUAUUGAUGUACUGUAAGGACUACUACAGCAGCUUUGACUCCCCAUGCAGACUUGCUCCAAAUUUUGACCAUUGCUGUAAUAAACCUGCAAGUUUAUGUUCUUGGUUUUACUAUCCCUAAUCCUUGGUUUAGGGGUAGAAGUUAUAUUGAAUCACCUCAGCAGUUGGGCUCCAUCCUUAAUCCUAAAAGGAAAGGUCUGCUCCAAAACCAGUUCUAAGUCAGAGAAGCUCUGGAAGGAAUGUUCAUUUAUCCCAGAUGCUCUGUGGGAAGGGGAAACAGAAACAGAUUCUAUUAAUGGGGAUUUAGCGGGCUGACUAUUUUGGUACUGGAACUAAAAAUGUACAGCUGAGUGUUUCUGUCUCAUGUAUAUUGUCCCUUGUCAAAACAAGGGUGGUGGCAUUUGGAGGAAUUGGGGCCCUAUUCAAGACAUAAAAAGAUCCAUCUAGUGGUCUGGUACUCCAUCAGAAAUACUAGGGGUCUUGAAGGAAAAACCUGCAAACAGAAUGUGAUAUACGGUAGUCACAAUGAUAAUCUCAUUGGAUAAUUGUAGCAAGAAGCAUUCUUCCUCUGAACAUUAUUUCCUUGUUACUUUGGGUCUGAGCAGCUUGAGGUUUGACUGAUAUCCUCCACAGAAAGAACGAACAGGGGAGGAGCAAAAUCACGGACGUCCUAAGAUCACUUUUCCCAAUCCCCAGAGCCUUCUCUACCACAGUUCUCAUAUACUCAAGCAUUGGUCUCUCUGAUUUUGAGAGUUGAUGGGGUAUCAAGAUGAGAAGAACUUUCCCAAGGACAGUAAGGAACCGACUUAUCCUAGGGAGGCCCUGGGAUUGCAGAAAGAUGGAUGGACCAAGAAGGAGAGGGAGAAUAUUUCCUGCAGAAUCAGUGGAUGACGGUGCAUUACUUUGGUGGUGUGAAGCUGCCGGUUUCAGUGUCCUUUGCCUAGCCUGCCUGCUAGUUCAGGCGAAGCAGAACUAAACAAGGGACAUAACUGCAAAGCUUAUUCAACCAUCUGGUUUGAGGAAACAUUACCCUUAUCCUGCUUCUGGGCAGAUGCCAGGCAUGGGUUUUGGCAAAGAGGCUCCUGUCAAUCAUAGUAAAGGUGUCUUCCAUAUUGCC